AUGCCCCCUCUCACAGCAGCCGAAAAGCAGAAACUGCUGUUACAGCAAGAAAUCGCAAAACUGUCUGGCGCAAUCACUCGCCAUGCAACCAACCCCCAUCCUUCCUCGUACCACCCUUACCGCGGUGGCAGCACUUUCCCAGCUCGCGGCGGCUAUACUGCUCGUGGAAGGGGACGUGGUCGUGGCCGCGGUGGCAGCUCGUACGGGCUGGAUCUCCGCGGCGCGCGGGCCUCCAGCACCGGCGGGAGCGCAACACCCGGAGCUGCGCCCUCGCCUGCUGGGCCGUCUCGCACAGCAGACACGGAGAUGGAGGACGGCGAAGUGGCUACUCCCGGCUCGUCGACCUCGGAUUCUGCUUUCAAGCCCACACACAAGGACACUUGGGUCAAGAAGACGAGUAACCGCGGCAACAUGAGUUUGAUGACUGUACAGAAGAGCAACAAACUUGCCUUGCGCCCACCACCUCCGCGCCGCCCCAAGGUCCCUCCCCAGAUCCAGCAGCUCUCCUCGACAUCCGAGGCCUCGUCAGACGGCAACGAGAGCAAGCGUGUCGUCAUUGACGGCGUCAUCUUCCAAUUCGAGCAGGGCGGCCAGAAGCUCGUCCGUAUUGGCGAACUCGCCCAGCCGUCCAAUGCCGGCCCCUCAAGCACGCCGACUCGCUCGUCGCUCAGCUAUGGAGGCGAGCAGUACAGGCGCACCAAGCGCGGAAACCUCAUUUCCCGCUCAAGACGCGCCGAGCAGGCUAACAAGCCCUGCCGGUACUACACUAAGACGGGCCGCUGCGACCGUGCCCUCACCUGCCCGUACAAGCACGACCCAGAACGUCUCGCCAUCUGCCACAAGUUCCUGCGCGGCGCCUGUCCCAACACGGCCGAGAGCUGCGCGCUCUCACACACGCCCACCGCGCACAACACGCCUUCCUGCGUCUACUUCCAGACGACGGCGACAUGUCGCUACGGCGACAAGUGUGUGUAUCCGCACGUGCGCGUCUCCGCGGAGGCGCCCGUGUGCGAGGCCUUUGCGCGUGAAGGAUGGUGCGACAAGCCUGCGGGGACGUGCGCCGAACUGCAUAUCUGGGAAUGCCCCGAGUAUCGCGCACGGGGCACGUGUGCCCGCGGUGCCAAGUGUGGUUUGCCCCACGUCCUCCGGUCCGAGGCCGAGAAGAAGAACCAGGCGGCCGCUGCUGCUACUGCUGCUGCUUCGAGCAAGGCGGCCGACGAGGACGUGAAUGGGUUCGAGGACCAGACCGAGUAUAUCGGCUUGCCUGGUCAAGUCUUCUCCGAGUCUGAGAGCGAGGAUGAUGACGAUGAGGACGAGGACGAGGAAGAAGACGAGGAGGACGAGGAGGAGGCGAGUGAUGAACAAGAUGGAAGCGAGGAGGACAGCGACGGCGAUGAGAACGAGGGAGACGUGUCCAUGGCGGACGUGUCCAUGGCCAUUGGUCGUGGCUUCGCUUCAGGUAAGCUUCCCCAACGCCAGACACCUAGCAUGAGCGACGAUGGCGACGAGGACGACGAGGCGCGCGUCCUCGAAGAGGUGUAG